AUUGACAAAGAACUAAAGAAGUGUUGAUGCAAGUGAUGGUGGUCGUGGUAUAAACAGUAGUGCACGAAACAAAUGUGUGAUAAAUUUGGUUAAAAAUGCCCCGAAAGUUAUUGAAAUUCCUCAUCCUAUUCGAUAAUACGUCUCUACUGUAUUUUCCCGGCCAGUUCUUAUCCGGCAGGGUCCUUAUUGAACUUCAGGAUGAUACACCUGCACUUGGUCUCCACUUUCAUGUUGUCGGAGAAGGGGUAGUCAGAGUUCGCACUCCUCGCCAAGAGAGGAUCCACGAUCGCGAAAACUAUAUCGAUUUUAGGAUGAGGCUAUUGGGUGAAUCAGGUCAGGGACCAUCGGUACUGUCGCCAGGUAUCCAUAGCUUCCCAUUUAAACUUGGUUUACCCUUAGGACUGCCUUCUACUUUCCUCGGAAAGCACGGAUGGGUGCAGUAUUAUUGUACAACUGCUUUGAGAGAACCGAAUGGACUGACUCAUAAAAACCAACAAGUUUUUAUUGUAAUGAAUCCAAUAGAUCUAAAUUUAGAACCCUCAAUUUUAGGAAACAUUUCGGGUCAGGAAACCUUCAGAUGCGAAGUGGAACACAAAUUUGGAGUUAGCUGUGUCGGAUCUGGAGCAGUAGUAUGUAAAGUUACCUUAGAUAGGGGCGGAUAUGUACCAGGAGAAAGUAUAGGAAUUUCAGCCAACGUUUACAAUAGAAGUAGAGUAACAAUUAAAAGUACCAGAGCAUGUUUGACAGAAACUAUAACGUAUAUGUCAAAAGGUAAAGUUGUGCAAUCGGAAAAACGAGAGUUAGCAUCACUUUCUAGAGGAAAAAUUCGACCAGGAGACAAAGACGAAUGGAUUAAUGAACAUCUGUAUAUCCCGCCAUUACCACCUACGAAUCUCAGAGGGUGCCAUUUAAUUAAAAUCAAUUACGAUGUGUAUUUUAUAGUUGAGCCCAAGAGCUUGCAGAAGGAAGUGAAACUUCAGUUACCAAUUAUGAUGGCUACAUACCCGCUUCGAUCUGACGAUGAAGAAGGUGGCUACAAAUCUGGCACGCAUUACCCUUCGACGUUACCUAUUUUUAGACCAUGGCUCGAAGAUAAACCAACUCAACUUUGACUUUAUUAUAUUUUUAUUUUUUACAUAAAAUGUGUCACUAUGUUUAUAAGGACUUACCGCAAAUCUAUAAAUAUACAUUUGUUUCAAAUUAUUUUAAGAAAUAAUGACCGAAUUUAAAUGUCUUUACACCAGAUACUUCAAAACUGUUACUCGCCCUUCCUUGCAAUUGAAAAUUUUAUAGAGGGUCCAAGGAGUGAAAUACAGGAGUGACUUUUUCAUAACAAAAUUUAAAGAUUAUGAAUACACAAAGGAUUUGUUAGAUUGUAGUCCUGCCAUAUUUUCUAGCGAUGUAAAUAUAGUGACAUUAAAAUCUACAGAAUGUAACAGUAAAAUUUAACCUAUCAUAUAUGUUAGAGUGAUAAUAGGGUCUAAUUUAGUACCUACCCAAUAUAAAUAAUAGGUACUGAAAACCUAACAAAAAUGCCAUAUAUCUAAUAUGUAAGAAUAAAUUUUAUGUAAAUAACUUUUAACAAGAUGUAUAUAAAUUUUAUAUAA